AUGACAGAGAACAUCAAUACACUCCUUCAACAGGCUCAAAUUUGUCUUCACAUGAUUGUUCCGGCUCUUCUAGCUGGCUACGCUCUUGUUCAAUGCGGCAAGAAACCUGCUCCUCCACCAGCAGGUGGUGCAGCCGCUGCCAAAGCUGGAGGUGAAUCGAAAAGUUCCAAAGAAGGUGAUAAACCGGAAGGAGACAAAGCAAAUGCUCCAAAAGCUCCAGCUGACAAAGAUGCGGUUGCUGGAACCCAUGAUCCAAACUAUCAGACGUUGGCUGGAGUCGAUGGAAAUGUAUUCCAAGAGAAAGGAAAACCCGCCGCUGCUGGAGGUGCUGCACCUGCUCCUAAACCUGGAGGACCUGGAAUGGCAGCCACUCAUGAUCCGAAUUAUCAAACUUUGGCUGGAAUUGGAAACGAUUGUUUUGAUAAGAAGUAG